CGUCAAGUCCGUUGCUUUUUCAAGAUGGCGUCGCUGGGAAGGAGGCGCGGUGUCCCAGUCAACAGGGAGAGGGCAGUGAUGGCGGCUACAGAGUGCUACAUCGUCCACGAGAUUUACAACGGCGAGAAUGCACAGGAGCAGUUUGAGUAUGAGCUGGAACAGGCUUUGGAGGCACAGUACCGUUACAUCGUGAUUGAGCCCACACGUAUCGGAGACGAAACGGCCCGCUGGGUGGCCGUCGGAAACUGCCUGCACAAAACAGCCGUACUGGCGGGAGCUGCGUGCCUCCUCACGCCACUUGCUCUUCCCGCUGAUUACUCCCGUUAUGUGGCGCUGCCGGCUGGCGCACUAAGUCUGGCCUGUGCCACACUCUAUGGCAUCUCCUGGCAGUUCGACCCUUGCUGCAAAUACCAGGUGGAGUAUGACAGUCAGAAGCUCUCGCGGCUGCCCCUGCACACGCUCACCUCCUCUACGCCAGUGGUUCUGGUUCGACGGGAUGACAUGCACAGAAAGAGACUGCACAACACGAUAGCGUUGGCGGCCCUGGCGUACUGUGCCAAGAAGAUUUAUGAACUGUACUCUGUAUGAGCGCAAUGUUACACACACACACACAUGAAUAUAGAUACUGAUAUAUGCGUACACACAUGCACACACAUGCGGGAGGUAGGUGAGAAGCACUACUUACUAAACAUCCAACACUGGCAGAUGCACAAUACUCCAACAUGCACGCAAGAUCACAACAAUAACAUGUGGAUGGACCGAAGGAGAGAGUGAUUGAAACAAAAGGAGUGGCAAAAACGAACAGUACUCUGUUACAAUUUGAUAAAAAAGAGUUUUGCUUUCAACUGGUUAAAGAUUGGACAGACAGAGUGAUGGAUGGGAGGUGGUAUGAGAGGAAGGGUUGGGGUGGAGCUUAUAGUUAACUAGAAGAAAGAUUAUUCCCCUUUUUCUGUACUUUAAAGUGAUUUCACCUGUGCACUUGAUAUUGCCCCCUCUCCCUGCACCGGUCCAUCCCCUUCCUCAUCCCACGGCCCUCCCUAAACGUCACUUGCCACCCACACGGAGUCUCCGCACCUCGGCAGUGACCUGGCGGACUGAAUGUGUGGUGGACAGACAGACAGACAUGUUUUAAGAAUGACUUUUGAAUCCUCUUUUCUCCCUCUGUAGUUUUAUUGUACCCUGCCUUUGGUGCGUCACCUUUUCAUUAAACAGUAGGAGAUUUAACCUCAGUGGCAUCUCUGAUGGCCUUUAUUUGACCCCUAAGGGCUCCAAUCAUUUCUUAAGACUCAUCUGAGUGGUAGCUUUCAUGUACCUCUCACAGUCAGAUGUAUUUACAACCAGUGGUCUGUUAGGGAUCAGUCUGUAACUUUGUAUAAAUUAAGAUUUGGAUUUUGAUCCAAAGUUAUGACAAAUUAAUUUAAAAGAUGAGAAGUAAAUCUCAUUUGCGAAACAAUUUGCAAACAAAUCAGUCAUUAAAUGAAAUGGUAACACAAAGUCUUAAUUUGGUUAACCCUUUAAGCUUGGAGGGUGGGCCGCAGAGAAAAACAUAAAUAUGAAAAUGUAUUAAUAACUAAAUUAAUAACUAGUCUUGACCAACACAUAACGGUUAUUGUUUUAAAACUUAGAAGCUGUACUUAACGAUGCAUAUAAGUAUUAUGACCAAAAUUGAAAAAGUGUUUUGUUUUAAUAGUUUUGGACUACACUUGUUAAUGUAAUCGGUAAAAACAUCAAACUGAUCAAAUAGCCAUGUGUCAUAUGUUGUUGCAAAGCUCUCAAAGAAUAGAAUACAACUUAUUUGUUUUACUCGCAGACAAAAAUAUAGUGAUAUCCAAGAAUAUGUCUUUGACAUGCAUGUUUCAUGUGAACAAGUGUUGCUUAUAGGCUGCAUUUUUCACUUAUUCACGAAUAAUAAACGGAACAUAAAAUAUCACAUAUCAUUACAUAGAGGAGAUUAUCUUUAAAACGAGCCUGCAUACAUCAUAAUCGGAUGCCUAGAUCAUUAGAUAAUCCACAUGAAGUGCAAUGUGAACAUAAUGUGCUAUCUGGCUAAAAACAAGUCAGCUUUCCUGGAUCUGAUGAUGUCAUCAGAAAUGAUAAAGUACGUUGUCCAGCGUCAUGGAAUGCUAAAACAUUCCUAUUAGGAUUUAUGUAGCUGCAACCAGAGGUGGAAGUUAUCCAAAUAUAGGCAGAGAGGAUCGUUCACUCCAAUUACAUAUGGCCACCUGGAGAUGACACCAAAUACAUGACACACACUCAAUGAUAACUCAAAUGACACAGAAUGGAACUGAAUUAUAUUUCAUUACUCAUGCCUGAAUGCUUUUGAGAGUGCAUACCUUUAUUCAUUGUUGUAUUUGCAUGUGUAAUUAGUUCUUAUUUACAGUUAUUAUAUUUUAUUUGUUUGGAGUGGAUUUUGGAUACUUGGAGGCAUUAUUGGACAGUAGGAAAAAUAAUUUUUGUAAUGCUAUAAUGUUUGAUUGCUUUGUUGGAUCCACACACAGUUUUACUCAGUUACAGGUAACAUGACAGGAACAGAUAUAUAUAAUGAUAAAUA